AUGGACAGUCGGAGGGGCCCAUGUCAGGUCCAUGGUCCUCUACCCCGCGUGCAAUCGGGACCGCCUCCUCCUGCUGGUGGAGGUGCAGGUGCGAGUGGCGCCUUCCAGGCGUUGAGGAGCUCUGCGAUGGAGGUGGGGGCAACAUCAGUGCUCGAGAAAGAGGACCAUGAGUGGCAACUCCAGAGUUCGUGUUCCACAUCACCUAAGAAGACUCACAAGAUUCGUCCAAAGAUGGUGCACCCACAGUUGCGUGUGCACUUGUCCCGCACAUUGGCGCGGAUGUGUACCACCUUGGUUGAUAGGGGAGUGUUCGACGAGUGCCUAUCCGAGAUAGCUGAAGCAUUGCUUAAGGCAGAUUUCUGCUCAGAGAUGGUCUCGGAGCUGCAGUUAAAACUCAAGAAGGCCAUAGAUCUCACUGUGAGCGGAAGCAAUCACAACCUACAACAGGUUGUCCACAAGGAGAUAUGCAAGUUAGUUGAUCCUGGAAAGAAGCCAUCCUUUGUCCCCAAGAAGGGGAAGCCAUGUAUUGUAAUGGUGAUAGGUCUCCAAGGCUCUGGUAACACUACAAGUUGUGCCAAGUUUGGGUACCAUCACAAACAUAAGGGAUACAAACCUUCAAUGGUCUCCACGGAUACAAGAGGAAGUAGUUCACUUGGUCGGACAAAACAGAUUGCACGCGAGGCUAAGAUCCCUUUUUAUGGAAGCAAUUUGGAACCAGAUCCUGUGAGAGUUGCCGUUCAGGGCGUGGACAGAUUCAGAAAGGAGAACUCAGAUCUUAUAAUAAUUGAUACAAGUGGGAGCUCUACAUCUAAAGAUGCACUUUUUGAUAAAAUCCUUAAAAUUGAGAAGGCCACGAAGCCAGAUCUGGUAGUGCUCGUAGUUGAUGCUGGAGCUGGCAAGUCUGCAUGUGAUGUAGCUGUGUUCUGCAAGAGAUAUGGCUCUAUUGGUUCUGCUAUCGUGACCAGAAUGGACCGCCAUCCAAAUGGAGGCGGUACACUUAGCGCACUUGCAGCAGCAACAUGUCCUGUUAUAUUUUAUGGAACGGGAAAACAAAUUGAUGCAUUUGAAACCUUUGACGUGAAGGUCUUUGUGAAUAAUCUUUUAGAUUACAAGAAUAGGACUUUACAAUCAAUGUUGAAGAUAUGCAUGGUAUGCUCGGCAACCUGCAAGUAUCUGAGACUGAAAGAAGAAACGCGAUUGUAG